ACAAAAAUUCGGCUUGGGAGAGAAUGCAAAAAGUAAAAAGCAAUUAAUACUGAUGCAGCAGACAAUCUUUGACAUAUCUGCACUUAAAAGUGCUUCGAUCAGCGAACUGUGCCAGUUUAGGAUGUAGCUAUAUACAGCAUAUUGCCGAGCAAUAUACUUAUCGAAUUCUUUUAAAAUAAUUAAUUUGUUUUGCUAUUAUAAAAAUGCGCUUUGUACGUCGCGGUGUAGUUAAGCUGGUGCUAAUUUGCACAAUUUUAGUCACGUUCGUCACAUUUCUGUUGCUUAACUCUGAGCCGGAGGAUGUAGAUAAAAGCAUUAAAAUUCAAAUAAUUGAGCGAUCGAUACGAUCUGUCAUGAAUCAGGGGGAAUGUCGCCAACCCCAUUUGCCACUGGAAAAUCCCGACAUAAUGAAAUUCUACAAGCCGGUUGAUAAAAUAAACUGCGGGACAAGCCCGGAUUGGGUUAUGUGUGAGAAAUCGAUAUGCUUUGUGAAACCCGAGAUAACGGCAGUGCAUGGCGAUAUAACAUGCUCGUACACGGAUAUUAUACGCAAAUCGGACUACACUGCGCGCUUUGGACGGACAAAUAGAAUCAAGGAGCCCUAUGUACUGCAAAAUAGCGAUUUUGUUCGUGUUGCCUGUCAUGCGUCCAGCGGUGAGAAGUGGUUUGGCAUGGCAUUUGGAAUACGGGACACUGUGCAACGACCCGUAGUACCUAAUGUGGCUGUAUUACCUGCUGAAAUUGUUAUUGCCAAUUCCCAACAACAACCGCAGCUGCAGGAGGUGCCGACGAGUCCCUUUUACAAUGUAUUGAUGUUUGGUUUCGAUUCCCUGAGCCGCAACGCAUUCAUUCGUAAGCUACCGCGCACCUAUGCCUAUUUAACUCAACAGCUAGGCGCCAUUGUACUGCAAGGCUAUAAUAUUGUUGGCGAUGGCACUCCACAGGCGUUGGUGCCUCUGCUCACGGGUUACACGGAACUAGAGCUGCCGGAGACAAGAAAACGGAUCUCCAGCUCAGGAAGUGUUGAUGCAUAUCCCAUGAUUUGGCAGGAUUUUAGGCGACUCGGCUAUUUGACCUCAUUCAAUGAGGACUUGCCAUAUGUGGGCACGUUCACAUAUCGCAUGAACGGCUUCGAAUCCCAGCCCGUGGAUCACUAUUUGCGCACAUAUUAUAUGCAAGCUUCGAACAUGCUGAGUGGCAGUGCGCCCAACUGUAUUGGUGCCCAGCCAGAUCAUCUUGUCAUGCUGGACUAUACAAAAAAUUUUAUGCUAAAGUAUCGUGACUCUCCGCGCUUUGUGUUCAGCUUUCAUGGUGGUCUCUCUCACGAUUCUAUUAAUCUUAUCGGCGCUGCCGACGACGAUGUGCACGAUUGGCUGGUGACACUCAAGGAGAAGUCCCUGCUCGAUGAUACUAUCCUAAUAUUCAUGGCUGAUCAUGGCAACCGAUUUGCAGAAGUGCGCGCCACUCUUCAAGGCAAACAGGAGGAACGUCUACCCUUCUUUAGUUUUACAUUUCCCGAAUCAUUUAAGAAGCGCUUUCCACAAGCGUAUAAUAAUUUUUUGGCAAACGAGCACCGCCUCGUCACGCCCUUCGAUGUGCAUGCCACUCUCAAGCAUCUGAUACAGAUGCAAUCAGCAGGGCUGAAUUACCAGACGCCUGACAGCAGUUACGAUGUCUUCAGCAAUGAUAUCCACACGGAAACUAGUCAGAAUAUACACAUCUCGGAACAAGCGCGAGGACGUUCCAUAUCGUUAUUUGAGCGCAUACCUAGCAAUCGAUCAUGUGCGGAUGCAUACAUUGAACCACAUUGGUGUGCCUGCCUUAACUGGCAGCCACUGGAGCUGAACGACACCCGUUAUGAGGGCAUUAUUCUCAAAGCUGCCAACAGCAUAGUAGAAACAAUCAAUGCAGCAACCCUUGAGAGGCGUCAGUUUUGUGCACCACUGCAAUUGCUGAAAGUCAACUGGGCGCUGCGACUGCUGCCACGCAAAGAACUUUUGCAAUUUAAAACGAAUAGUGACAAAGACGGCUUUCUGGCCGACAUGAGCGGUCACACCGUAGUGAACGAGGUGUUCUAUCAGCUGCAACUUGUUACCCAACCAGGCCAGGCGCUGUAUGAGGCGAGUGUGGCCUACAAUUUGCAGACAUUCGAAUGCACAGCCAAACUCUCGGAUAUAUCGCGUGUCAACAAAUACGGAUCGCAAGCGAGAUGUAUUUACGAGCGUGAUCCGGAGCUGCGCAAAUUUUGCUACUGUAGAGACUAAAGACCGACCUAGUCAAUGCAUAACAAGCCGUAUUCAAUUUAAAAUUAGCUCUCUUAAUAUAGAAUACAAAAAUUUUGUUU